AUAAAUAUGACUGUCAGCAGUGGUCGUGGGGGGUGAUCACAGAUAUGUAUUCAAGUAUGUAUGAUACAUAUUAUUAUAUUAUAAAUAUACCUCAUAAAAUUACAUGCUAUUAUCGGUGUAUAUUUGACGUGGGUACCAGACGAAUAGGAAAACUUACAGACAGGGCUGCACUAGAACCUAGGACUGGGUUUCUGGCGGUUCGGCCCACUGGCCACUACAUCAUUAAUCGCAUUCAGCGGCCCGACAUAAAUUAACAGCCGUGACUCGCGGUCCAUUGCGCCGUUGAAUAUUUGCACAGUGGCCGAGUCCGGACCUGCAGUUACAGACAAUGUAUCAGUUGGGUCCCAAAGUUUGCCAUUCAACAUAUUAUUGUCUACCGUCUGCCGGUGGCCAAUUGAUAUUCUCUGCAGCGAUUUUCGCGCCGACUAGUUUUUACUUCUGAUUUUUUCUCCGCCAUGCGCCUUGUCAUUGUUUUAUUACUGGCACGUUUGUAUUGUUUCGUGGCCGGUAAUCAGCAUCCCGUAGUGGAAACCGAAAAUGGACCGGUAUCCGGGAAACUAUCGAAGACAUGGAAAGGAAGAACUAUUUACAGCUUUCAAGGGAUACCUUACGCCACUCCACCUGUAGGGAAGCUGAGAUUUCAGGAAGCUCAACCGAUGAAACCUUGGCCGGGAGUGUGGAACGCAUCGUCUCCGGGUAGUAAAUGUAUUCAGUACGACCAUUCGAGUUAUUUAAUCGACGGAGACGAGGAUUGUCUUUACGUGAACGUGUAUACACCGAAAAUUCCGGUAAGAGGAAAAAGUAAUAAACUUAUGAAUGUAUUGGUUUUUAUUCAUGGAGGUGCCUUCAUGUUCCUUUACGGAUCUAUAUACCAGCCCGAUUACGUUUUGGACAAGGAUAUAAUUCUCGUUACAUUCAACUACCGGCUCGGCCCAAUAGGUUUUUUUAGCACUGGAGAUUCCGUAGUGCCGGGCAAUAAUGGAUUAAAAGAUCAAGUACAAGCAUUAAAAUGGGUGAACAGAAAUAUUAAGUAUUUUGGAGGCGAUCCAGAGAAAAUUACAAUUAGUGGAAUGUCGGCUGGAGGCGCCAGUGUUCAUUUUCAUAUGUUGUCACCGUUGUCUAGAGGACUGUUUCAAAGAGUAUUCUCUCAGAGCGGAACGGCUUUGUGCCCUUGGACAAUAGCCGAAAAUGUACCGGAUAAAUCAGCAGCAGUCGGCGCUUACCUAGGUUGUCCUACUCGUCCGUCUAAAGAUUUGGUCGAAUGUUUAAUGACAAGGCCAGCUUUGCACAUCGUAGAAGCAGUAAAAAUAUUUCUUCCGUUCUUGUACAACCCGUACUCUCCCUUCGGACCGGUUAUCGAGAUACCUAGUGAAAAUGCUUUUAUAACCGAACUGCCCUAUCAUAUUCUCGCCAAAGGCCUAGCGACCGAUGUACCGUGGUUGUCUAGUGUUGCCACUCACGAGGGUCUCUACCCGGGUUCUGAAUUUAUCAAUAAUCCUGAGUUGUUGAAGUAUAUCGACGAAAAUUGGAACAAAGUCAUGCCGCACAUACUGGACUACAACUACACAAUACCGCAGGAUAAAAUCGACAGCGUGUCAGAACUGAUCAGAAAAGAAUAUCUAGGCAGUGAAGAACUGGUUAAAGGAAAUACAGAACAAUUUAUUCAAAUGAUAAGCGAUCGCCUGUUUGUAGUCGAUAUUAUAAAAGCUGCUAAAAUACACGCUCAACUUUAUAAAUCUCCGGUAUAUUUAUAUCAAUUCGGAUACCGAGGUAGACACAGUCUUUCGGAACAUUUUGCUCAAUCAAACGAAAAUUACGGAGCUAGCCAUGCAGAUGACACGGGUUACGCAUUAAAAAACGUAUAUGUAAACGUCGAAGACUCAGAAUCGGACAAAUCAUUAGUGCCAAUCGUAGUUGAUAUUUGGACAUCAUUUGCUUUUGAAGGAAUACCAUCAACUGGAAUUAGCUCUAUCGACUGGACUCCUGUGAGCAAAGACCCUAAUCAUUUAGCUGUAUCGUUUUUAAAAAUAUCUUCCCCUACUAAUAUAACCAUGAGCGAAGUUGAGGACAUGGGAAGAAUUAGGUUUUGGGAUUCGUUGGACUUUAACGAGAAUGAACACUAUUCUUAUCAUGAAAAUAAAGAUGUUUGAUUUUGUAUUUUGAAUUUACUACCUAAUAAUAAUAUAAUCCCCAGGUGAAUUUAUUUUCAUGUUUCGGUCAUGGGAUACAGAGUAUUAUUUUUUUUUAGAAUUUGUGCAUAACUUUAGUUACUUUGUUAAAGAAUCAAAAUAGAUACUUAUUAAUUAUUUUGAAUUUACGUUAAAUAACAUUUUGGCAUUUAGAUUUAAUACUUAUAAGUAAUAUUGUAUUGUUUUAUUUAUUGUAUAUUAUUGUAUUGAAAUUUAUAAUCAUAUAAUCAUAAUAUUAUAAUGAUUCAUUAUUUUUUGAUUUUCUAAAAAUUAAGAUAUUUAAAAUUGUAUAAUUUAUUUUUUAUUGAACAAGACUCAUGAAAUAUUAUAUCUUCUCGAAAAUUUGUUUCCAACAACAACAAAUUUAAUAAAACAUCGUAUAAUAGGAACUUACGUAUUAUCAUGACGUAUGCUUAUUUAAAUUUGUCGGUAAGCAUAUAAAAAAAAAAUCAAUUAAAUACCUUACGUAUAAUGUAAGAAUACUUGUUUUUUUUUUUUUUUUGGUAUAGUAAUUAUUAUAUUUUUCUCACGGGUAAUAAAUAGAAAAACUAGUUUUGAAA